AUGCUGCGGCUGCUGGCGUCCACCUGCGCCAGGGGCCUGGGGGCUCGCGGGGGCUCGUGGAGGCUGGUUCCCGGGGGCCGAGCGCGUCCGAUCGCGGGACUCUGCGACCCCAGCCGCCGCUUGAGCCGCCAGGCUUCCGACGCCCCCCGGAACCAACCCCCUAGUUCCGAGUUCGUGGCCCGAUCGGUGGGCAUCUGCUCCAUGAUGCGGCUGCCGAUGCAGGCCACUCCAGAGGGGCUGGACGCCGCCUUCGUCGGGGUACCGCUGGACAUUGGGACCUCCAACCGGCCUGGGGCGAGAUUUGGACCCCGACGGAUCCGAGAAGAAUCAGUGAUGCUUAGGACCGCCAAUCCUAGCACAGGAGCUGUUCCCUUCCAAUUCCUCAAGGUUGCAGACCUAGGCGAUGUGAAUGUUAAUCUUUACAACCUUCAGGACAGCUGCCGCCUGAUUCGAGCAGACUAUCAGAAAAUCGUAGCAGCUGGCUGUGUUCCUCUGACCUUGGGUGGAGAUCAUACAAUCACCUACCCUAUAUUGCAAGCGAUAGCAGAAAAGCAUGGUCCUGUGGGGCUGGUGCAUGUGGACGCUCACAUGGACACAGCCGACAAGGCCCUAGGGGAGAAGCUCUAUCACGGGACCCCUUUCCGCCGGUGCGUGGAUGAGGGACUCCUGGACUGCAAGCGUGUGGUGCAGAUCGGCAUCCGGGGCUCUUCCACGACCUUGGAUACCUACAGAUACAGCCGGAGCCAGGGCUUCCGGGUGGUCCUGGCUGAAGACUGCUGGCUGAAGUCACUGGUUCCUCUGAUGGGGGAAGUGAGGCAGCAGAUGGGAGGCAGACCCAUUUAUAUCAGCUUUGAUAUUGAUGGCUUGGACCCUGCUUACGCCCCGGGCACAGGGACACCUGAAAUUGCCGGUCUUACUCCUAGUCAGGCUCUGGAGAUCAUCCGGGGUUGUCAAGGCCUGAAUGUGGUGGGUUGUGACCUCGUGGAAGUUUCACCACCCUACGAUCCUUCUGGUAACACAGCCCUGGUGGCGGCUAACCUGCUGUUUGAGAUGCUGUGUGUUCUCCCCAAAGUGACAGUCGCCUGAACCUUGUCCUGAGGUUCUUCAAGAUGAAAGAACAGCUUGCACAGAUGAUAAUUCUCCAGAAGCACUUGUGUGAAAGCAAAAUCUGAGAACUGAAGAGCUGAUGCCAAUAAAACAUUCUGCUAAAAACGUCAUUGGUGGCUGUACCAUCAGGGCAUUCAGUGAAAC